AUGAUGCAGCAAAUUGUUAGCUAAUCUCCUGGAUAAGCCCCAUAGUAAUUUAAGCAAGGAAUGAAUCAUAACUUGUUCUCAACUCCCCCGCCUAGUAUUCAGAAUAAUAAGUAAAUUCCCUAACAGACUAAUAUUCCAAUGAGGCAAGGCCAAGGUUCAAAUCCAAACAUGGUUCUAAAACAGGCAAAACAGCCAAUUUAAACUAAACCAGUUUAACCUAAGAGAUCAAAAUCUCACUAGCCUGUAAUCUAGCAAAGAUUGGCUCCAAGUAACUAGACUUCUGUGCCCUAGGGUUAAGUUCAAGGAGUCCUAGGUAGCAAGAUAAAGCCAUAGCCUAUUCCAAGAAGAUUCAACUAGAAUAGUAAUCAUGUUCCAGAUAAUCAAAGUAAUCCUAAGAAGCCAAUAAAUGCUGCAAAUUAGAGACCACCCUAAGGAGCAUCACAUUCUGUCCCAAGAUAAAACUUGAACAAAAUGAAAGAGAAAUUGAAGAACAUAGAGGAAAGUAAACAGAAAGUUGCUGAGUUUUACAACUAGAAUGAUUUAUUGAUAGAGGAUAUCUUUAGUAUCACAGAUAUCUAGAGGCUAUUUGAUGUUAUCAAAGUAAGAAAUGAUUAACUGAUAGACUUGGUCAGCAAAGGUAGAAGUGACUGUCUCAGCUUCACAGAGGAAGCAAUCCAAGUUACACAAGAUGCUUUGAAUAUAGUUAAAGAUGAACAAGAGAUUUGCCUCUAGAGAUAGAAGCAGCUUAAAAGUGACAGCUAGAAAAUAAGCAAUAUCUACCAGACCUAGCUCGCUCCUCUUGAACUUCUCAGCCAACUCAAUUGA